AUGAUCCGGCCGUUCGCGACCGGCGAGCCUCCGCCUCCGCUGGCCCUUAGCUACGAGACCGUCCUCUGCACGGAGCUGCCGGCAUUCGACCCAGUACCGACGCUGCGGUCGGUCCUGUUAAGGCCGCCACAUCUCAAGCGGUUCGAGUAUUUCCUGCGCAAGACCGGGUGGCUCACGAUGCCCAUUUACGGCUGCGGCCUCAUCCUGCGCGUUGUCGUGUGCUCAGCCCCGGCACCACUGGGGCGACUAUUAGCCCCACUGGCUGCCAUUCUACACAUUCCGCCGUGUAUCGUAUUCGGCGCCGGCAUCCGAGUCGAAUUCGUGAAACUAAUCCUGUCGGCCUUUGACUUUUGGUUCCCGUUCGCGGCCAACACCAUGUUCAUGAUUGUGUUCAGCAUCGUGUUGCGAGACGUCCGAGUGAUGCUGGUAGUGGCCGUUUGGGUGGCCUUCGGGUGUUCAUUCCUGCAGGAAACGUACUUUCGAGAUUCGAGGAAUAUCGCCAUGUCGGCGUUUGUCGAGGCGUCUCUGCUCGUAUUGCUCAUGGGCAGCAUCUCGCUCAAUAUAAUGGACGACGUGUACCAUACCGACUUGAUCGUAGCCGGCGGCCACAGUCUGUCGACCAAAGAUGUGUUGGUCAAUGUCAUUGGAACCAUGGUGACUCUGAUGAUUCGUACGAUGUACCGACGGCUACGGCUAAUGAAGCGACAGAAGAAGAUGAAGGGCACAGCAGUUCAGUCACUCGGGUAUCGGUGCUUCAUCGCGUUAAACCCAAUCGGGCCAGGGGUGUCGGCAAACAAUAGUGUUGUACCUCAUCCACUGGGCCCCAUGCUGUUUUUCUCUUCCAAGUCGAUGCUUGAUCGGAAAAAGACCAAAAGGUCCACGACCGAUGUAAUGGACAGCAGGCAUUUAUCGAGCUUGGUGCUGCCCCCAUUGCAGAUACAUCUCGUCAAAGAUUCCAGGCGAUAUGACCCAAGAGAUACACUUUGGCGACGAGUGGGCUCACUGCAACCUCUAACCGGGUGGCAAGCCUGGACACUUCACAUUUGUGCAGUAACCGGGUUUGUGCUGACGGUGCCCUCGAUCUUCAUCCCACCGUCUAGGGGUGCCGACGCUAUGGGGACGCUGUGUCUUGCAACAACCGCGAUAUUCGUUGCAGUGAGCAUUUGCUGCUGCCAACGCCUCAUCGCUGCGCACUUGUGUCUCGCGGACAUUUUCUCUUGGCGAUGGGCGCCCACCUGUGGCGUGGCAGCCAGCUACCUCUGGGCACAAUGGACGUUGACGAUCGACUCGUUGACUCCAGCGAUGAGGUGCCGGCUGCACGUCAAGAGCUGGACGCCCACGUGCUGCAUCGUUCUCUUCAUUGUCAUCCAGCUGCUGAUGCUGCUCGACAUGAUGAUCCUCGACUUCUCCAACAUCCGCGACCGCGUGUUCUGGGACCUGGAGUUCCUCGGACGCAGAGCCCAAUUACGAGUCGUGACGUUCCUCUGGAGUCGAGUCGUCACCAUUUUCAUUUGGUACGGCCGACUGUUCUACAUCUUGGUCACGCGCGUUCAUGAGAACACUCUCAUCAUAUUGAGGGGGAACGUCGAGUUCGACUACCAGAAGUGGCGACUGCAAGCCAACAUCGCCCGUGAGACCCGGAGAAGAGCCAAGUGCGCGAUAUCACCGUUGAACUCGACGAUCCCAGAGUAG